UUUUAAUUGGUCAUGUAGGUAGAAGUCAAAAGGAGAUCCAGGGGGGGUAUUCACUUUAAAAGCGCCCUUCCUCCUAACUUUCUCUCUCUCCUGUUUGAGUUUCUUCUUGUUUUCCUUUCUUCUUUCUUUUCGACUUUAAUGCAUACUAAACCUUGUGAUAUAAAUGAUACGGAAACUUGUUGUUCAUUAGCAACUGGACAUUCAUCAGAUCAACAAGCCGCUACAUCAUGUUCCCUUUAUCCACAUCAUGAAUCAAGCAAUAGUUAUCAUCAUCAUCAUCAUCCUCAUGCUUCUUGUAUAUCUCAUUCACAUUCAUCAGAUGAUAUUAGUAGACGUAGUACAUCAAGUUAUUGUUGUCAAUGUGAUCAUCAUCAGAAAUCAUCAUCAUCAUCAUCUCACUGUGAUGAAAAUCAGGCAAGUUGUUCGAUUUCCACAAAUAAUACCAAGAAACAUGAUGAUGAAGAAAAAAAAUUACAAAGAAAAUCAAGAGGACAGAUGGAAGUUGUGAAUGAACCGAUAAAACGAUUUGCAGACGAUAAUAUACCAUUAGGAGGACACGACACAACAAAACGAAGAAGAAGAAAAAGAAAAUGUGCGAUUGCACGAGGGAUGAUCUAUUGUGUUUUUGUGAUGAUUAUUCUAGGAGGAAUAGCGACAUUUUUUUGUUGGCCAAGGACACCGAUGGUGGUGAUAGGGAGCCAUGCUGAACGUCAAAACCCUCAAGAAGGAACAAUAUGGGCAACCACACCAGAUAAACGACCAUGGAUGGAGGCAACAUGGCUAAUGAACGUGACAUUGGAUAAUCGUGAUAAUUGGAUCCCAACACGACUAAACAAAAUGGAGAUGAUCAUGAUGGAUAGUUUGACUCAAUCCUCUUUUGCUACUGCCACAAUGGAUGAUCUCGCUCUGGCACCCAAAUCAUUGGUGGUCAUCCCAAAUAUCGUGUUCCAUGUUCAUUAUUCGGCUGCUACAGACACUGAUACUACUUGGCAGGAUCUUUAUCGUACUUGUGGUCCUCAACAGAAACAAGGCCCUGAUAUGCCCUCUUUAAAUAUUAAUAUCAAGAUUACUUUUCAUUUUCAGGGGAUUCUUUGGUCAUCUACAGUUACAGCUUCACCACCAUCUGGAGGUUUUGUUUGUCCUUUAUAG